UUUAAUAAUUAACUUGAUAACAAUACAUGAGAAACUGAAUUCGUAAAUAAUAUUAUAGAUAUUUGCAAGAAAAGACAAACAAUUGUUUUUUUUUUGAAAAAAAAAGACAAACAAUUGUUAGUAUUUUAAAUUCAGGAAAGUAUCUGAAACGAAUCAUGUUGUAGCCAAAAAAUUACUACUAAAAUAACAAUUUUUCCAUCGAUUAUUAGUAGUAAUAUUCAACUCAUAAUCUCUGAACGGAACCAUUUUUUUCUAUUCAAACACCGAAUAAUAUGAGAAGUUAGCCAUAACAAUGAUUUUCUUAUGUUUGCCGAAUCUGUACUUGUCGUAGAAUGUGUUUAUAUAUAAAGUAAACAAAAUUUACAGUUGUUUUUUAAAAAAAGGGGAGAAAGGUAUUUUAGAAUACCUUAUUUGGGUGAAGUAAGUUAAUGGUCGGGAGUGACUCUCUCUCUCUCUUUACGAGAGAAGGUCUAUUACAUAGUGCAAACACUAUUGGGCGCAAACUAUUCGAACUCGAACGUGUUGAUGCAAGCUCACUGCCACUUGCUCGCUGCACCACCGAGCCACUCGAAUAGCUGCGGUUAUGUUAUCACCUCACUCUUAUUUAAGCUUUCAUUUCUUGCGUUUCAUCUUAAGUACGUACGCUAGUAGUUAUUGUGCAUGCGUCUUAAUAUGUUGUUCAUCAAUUAUUUUAAACUUCUAAAAUGCUGAUAAAAUAAUUACUUGAGCUUUAAGCAAACCUUUUCCACUUUUUAGUAUAUAGACUUAAGUAGAUGAGGUGGUUUAAUCACCAAGACAAUGUAACUAAAGACUCGUUCAAUGCAAGUUAAACCAAUCAAACACACACAACUAACAAAACUCAUUUCUAAAUUAAGUAAACACACCCUGAACGCACUCACCAUACACAAAAACUCAACACACUCACCAUAUUCCUUCAAAACAAAAACCAAAAACAAAAUAUAAAUCAAGAAACCAAAAAGAAAACAUUCCAGUUAUUGAAUCGGAGAUAAGCAAUCUCCGACACUCUUUCCUUCAAUGCCGAUAACGAAACCGCUCGGAUCAAACACAACUCUUCGAUCUCAGCCACCACAACAGUACAGUAAACCGCCACUCUUUGUAAUCCUAACCGUGAUCCUCCUCGUCGUCUUCUUCAUCGGUUUCUGCGCUCUCUAUUUCUGCAAGUGUUUCUUCCACACUGUCUCACAUGCCUGGGAUCGCCGUUACGGCAACAGAUCACCCGGAAAUCAAAUCCAAUCACAACAAGAAAACGCCAGCCAACCACCGGUUAACCCCGGUUUAGAGCCGCGUAUCAUCCAGUCCUUCCCAUUGUUUCCAUUCUCCUCGGUGAAAGAUCUUAGAGAAGACAACCAAGGACUCGAAUGCGCGAUUUGUCUUCUCGAGUUCGAAGAAGAACACAUCCUCCUACGGCUUCUAACAACAUGCUACCAUGUUUUUCAUCAAGAAUGCAUCGACAGAUGGCUUGAUUCCAACAAAACAUGCCCUGUUUGUCGCAGAAAUUUAGAUCCAAACGCUCCUGAAAACAUCAAAGAGUUGAUCAUUGAAGUCAUACACGAAAACAGCAACGGGAACCACGAGCAACCUUCAACAUCAAACGAGGUUUCGUUGUCGAGGCAGAGCAGUAGUAGUGGUAUGACCGAGCCUUUACCGGAUAAGUUUUCGAGGUCGAAGACGACGGGUCAUUCGAUUGUGAGGAAUAAGCCGGAGGAAGAAGAUCGGUAUACUUUGAGAUUACCGGAUCAUGUUAAGAUAAAGGUUACGAGAAGACAUAAUAAUAACCAAACCGAGAGUUGUAUUUCGUUUGGUGAGCUUAUGAGAAACAGACAAGGCCGGUUUGGUGAACUCUCUGGUCAAUCACUUGUACCGGAAUCCCAAAGUUAAAAGAAGAUUUACAAUUUUUAUUGUAUUUUGUUAGUAGGAUACAAGAUAUCUUUGUCUAAUGAUGAUGACUGAAGAAUGAAACACGCUUAGAUUCACUA